AUGAGUGACGAUAUUUUCAUGGUUGCAAAUCCAACUGGAAGACCAUCCAUCCUGCGUCAGACUGAGAACUUGCCCAGUCACAACGUCCCCAAGGGUGUGAAGGUUUGUUUUCAGACUCCAAGAAGAGACCCGGUCACAAAGAGAAUUGUGUCCCCUUCUAAAAUGUCCAAGAUGGCAAGUGUUGAUGAAUGCACAAAAGCAUUCCAGUCAUUACAGCUGGAUAAAAAUGAGUCCUCAAUUCAUGAAGCGAAUGACCAACUCGUACCAAAACUGGAUGGUGAAAUUCAACUUUCGAGCAGUGACUACCAAUUGGAUUUUGAAAACCUGGAUGCUGCUGACCCAUUUCAAUCGUCCAAUAAGGUUAUGCUGUCUCCGGUGAGGCCUGCCGUUGACACUCCUCCUGUUCAGGAAGAUCGUGACCAGGGCCGCUCCAGUCUCACUAAAGUAGAGCCUGCCUUGGACGACACGCUGCCUUUCACUCCAUCAGUGGAGACCUCUUUGAAUGCAACUGUGGACAUCAGUUCCACAGACAGCAGUGUGGUCUUGGUCACAAAAGCUCCAGCAAUGGAGGAACAAGAGCCAGUUCCCGAUGUGCCAUCAGAAAAACAAGAUAAAUCUGUGGAGAAUUCUCCUUUGCCCACAACAGGAUCAUACAAUUUUGAUUUUAACAACCUUGAUGCGGUGAAUCCUUUCCAGACUGGUGGCUCCAAAAUCCAGAACUCUCCCAUGUGUAAACCUUCUCCAUCAGAAAAAGAUUCAUUGGACAUGGUGCAAAAAAACCUCACAGAGGAGGUCAUAGGGCAAGAAAUGAUGAUGAGUCAACCUGAAGAAAAACCUGUAGCCACAGUUGCUCCCAUCUUUGACAACACAGAUGUGUCAAGUGAACCAGAGGCUCAGCCAGACACUUCCACAGAAAGAAACAACCCUAUCAAACUGGAGUUUAAUUUUAGUGAUGAUGCAGUAAAAGUAAAGCCUCCACCAAAAAAACUUGGUGUCAAAAGGCCAGCAAGCCAGAAGGCCAAGGUCGCAGAGCCAGUGCAGAAGGCUGAAGCACAGCAGGCAGAAGAACCUCGUGAAGAGGUCGCCACGCAGAAGGCUGAAGAGCCUUGUGAGGAAGUCUCCACAGCUAAAGGUUCAUACUCCUUUGAACUCGGAAAGCUGGAUGACCCAAACUUCAACCCUUUUGGUUCAAAGGCCAGUGUUUGUAAUUCACCGUCUCCUAAAUUUAGCAUUAAAACUAGUCCAGAGUCUGUUAAACCUGUUCAGGAAGAGCUGAUCGAGCCAGAGCCUGUGCUUUCAAUGGAGAGCAAGACUGAAGAUGUGCCUGUCGAGUCUACUACUGAAACGGCUGUCUGUGAAGGCACUCCUCCUCGGGCUGAACACAUGAAUCUUUCGGAGCCACAGUCACAAGGCAGUCUGCUAGAAGAAGAGUUUGUUCCGGGGACAACGUUCUUGGCAAAUGAUUUUGAUGGACAGAUUGACUACCUGGAGCAGUUUGGGUCAAGCAAUUUUAAAGAGUCUGCUCUGAGGAAACAGUCCUUGUACCUUAAGUUCGACCCUCUCCUCAGAGAGAGUCCUAAGAAGGGUCCUGGACCAGCUGCUGUGGUUCCUGCAUCUCGACCUGCUGCUCUGAUGCCACGUUUUGAAACGCCAAUGGAGAUGAGUCGAGGACAAAGUGAAGACUUCCAACUCUUGGAUGUUGCCACUGAACCAUGUGCCCCUGUACGAAGUGCAGCGCUGCCUUUGUCUUCAGUUUCCCAGGAAACAAACACUGAAGAAGCCAUCAUUGAAGUUCUAAAGUACAGCCAGAAGGACAUGGAUGCAGCCAUGGCCAGGGUCCAAGCAGAGACGGAGGAAAAGGAAAGACAGUGGGGCGCCAAGUACAACAAGUUACAUGACGAUGGACAAGAAAUGCGGAAAAUCUUAGCGGAAUACGAACUCUUGACUGCCAAAAUAAUGGCUGACCAGGAGAAGGAGAAGGAGCUGGCACAAGCAAAGAUAAAAGAGGCUCUGGCAGAGAAGGAUCAAGUGUCCAGCGACCUGAAUGCAAUGGAAAGAUCCUUCUCCGACCUUUUCAAGAGGCUGGAGAAGUACAAGACUGUCAUCGAGGGCUACAAGAAGAACGAGGAGACGCUCAAGUCCUGCGCUCAAGAUUAUCUGGCCAGAAUCAAGAAGGAGGAACAGCGCUACCAGACGCUCAAGGUGCACGCGGAGGAGAAAAUCGGACAAGCGAAUGGGGAAAUCGCAGAGGUGCGCUCAAAGUUUAAGUCGGAGCUGUCGGUACUUCAGGCUCAGCUGCGGCGAGAACAGCUGAAAGUGCAGUCGCUGGAGCGGACUCUGGAGCAGAAGGAGAAGGAAGCCAACGAACUCACCAAACUCUGUGACGAGCUCAUCAGCAACGUGCAGCAGGAGCAAUCAGUGGCCUCUGUCACAUCACUCCCACUUCAGACAAUGUGCAUCCAAACUGCUCCAGGUAACUCUAUCUGGAAGGAGCUCAAUGCGUUGCUGGUCAGGAGAGAGGAGGAGGAGGAGAGGGAGGCUGGCUGGGCAGCCGUCACUCAUGUGAAAAGGACAGAGACUUCCACUGUGUCCCAGACUCUGUGUCCCCAAGCUGCUGCCCCCGGCCUCACCCCAACACAACACUUGACCACAGAGGAGCAGAGGCUGACCUAUGAGCUCCCUCUCUCUGUCCCGGGAUAA